AAAACAUGAAACGCAGAUUACUUUCACCUGCAGGGUCAGCAGUCCAUCUUGCUGUUGUACAUCUGGCUUAUGUCCGCUCUCCGGCUCUGUUGAAAUCUCAUCUGCAGGCACUUUAUCAUCUCACAUUUCACAGCAGGACAUGACUCGACAUGUGAUGACAUGUUUUUGGGUCUAAUAAGAUGUGGCAGAGUUCACAUACCACAUUUGGUUAUGCUGCACUGACCUGUUUAUCAAGUAAUCCAUAAGGCCACCAGCUUUGAUGGGCCCCCAGAAAGAGAAUGGCCAGCAGUGAGUACAGGCUGCAAGCCACUAUCCUGGUCCAAGUCCAAGUCCCCUACACUUCUCAUCUCCCACCUGAACAACUGAACUGGCCUUCAAGUGGCCUGAGUGUGGAUGACUUCCGGAAGGUGCUGAUGAAGACGGGGCUGGUGCUGGUGGUGCUGGGCCACAUGAGCUUCAUCGAGGCAGCCUUGCUCCACGGCACCGUGCUGCGCUACGUGGCUGCCCCCCACGAUGCCGCGGCUCUGCAGUACUGCGUGGUCAACAUCCUCUCGGUCACGUCUGCCAUCCUGGUCAUCACCUCGGGCAUCGCAGCCAUUGUGUUGUCACGCUACCUCCCCAGCAUCCCUCUGCGCUGGGCAGUAUUUAGUUCAAGUGUGGCCUGUGCCCUUCUCUCUCUGACCUGUGCUUUCGGACUCUUGGCCUCGAUCGCUGUGACCUUUGCCACCCAGGGCCGGGCACUGCUGGCCGCCUGCACUUUUGAGAGCCCCGAACUACUGGCCCUGGCACCCGACUGUCCCUUCGACCCCACACGCAUUUAUAGCUCCAGCCUGUGCCUCUGGGGUAUCUCCCUUGUGUUCUGCGUGGCAGAGAGUGUGUUCGCGGUGCGAUGCGCCCAGCUCGCCCACCAGCUGCUGGAACUGAGGCCCUGGUGGGGGAAAAGCAGCCACCACAUGAUGCAGGAGAGCCCGGAGCCUGCGGAAGGCCACGACCUGAUGAGCUGCCCCAGCUCUGGCCCGCUGACCCUCUGACAGCUGCUGCCUCACCCACACCCCAUGAGCAUGGGGACCUGCAACCAAGUCUGCACUGUGACCAGGCCAGGAUCCCUGGAGCUGGCCUGUGAGGGCUCAGUGGCCAUUCCCGGACCUGGGUGGGGAUUUUAAACCCCUCCCCCGGCCACCCACGCUCUGCGCUGAAGUGAGACUUUAUUCUGAAGUUAUUAAAAAGAACAGAGACGCUCGGCCGGGAGGCAUGCAGCAGGGGAGGGCUCGGCCAGGGCCUGUGCUUUCCCACGCAGGAUGCAGGGGGCGGGGCGGUUAGGUGUGUCUGUGGGCCUGUGUUCAUCCACGUGCUGAAAGGCGGGCGGGGGUUCAUGGGGCUCACACUGCAAUCGGGAGGUUUUCCUUUUGCAGCAUGGCCUCCAGCCAACAAAAGCUGCAGCAGGAAGGGAAGGAUGGCUCAAGGAAGCUUUAUCCUUAUCCCUCCACGCCCCCCCCCCCCCAAUCCUUCUCUUCCCUCCAAAUAAAAAGACUGGCUCCUCA